AUACAUGUUCGGGACCACAGGCUAUAAAGUUUGAGUCUCUCGAUUCGUGAGCACACACGGAAUCUCAAGAUGAAAGUGUUGUGUAUUUUCGCUUUGUUGGCUGUGAUAGCUUGCAGUUCUGCACUGCACAGAAUCAAGCUUCACCGAGUGAAGACAGUGAGACGUACUCUACAAGAGGUUGGAACAAGCAUCGACCUCCUACAGAACCGGUACACUGGCUUACUGAACAGCAAUGGACGUCUUCUUGGACCAGACCCAGAGCCUCUGUCAAACUAUAUGGAUGCUCAAUACUACGGAAUGAUCACCAUUGGGACACCACCUCAGUCAUUCAAAGUGGUCUUUGACACUGGCUCCUCCAACCUGUGGGUUCCAUCCAAGAAGUGCAAACUCUCCGACUUAGCCUGCUUACUUCACAACAAGUAUGACAGCACCAAGUCCAGUACUUACAAGCAGAAUGGCACACACUUUGAGAUCCGAUACGGCACAGGCAGUCUAACAGGCUUCCUCAGUACAGACUCGGUAACGAUUGGAGACAUCACUGUGAAGGGCCAGACCUUUGCUGAGGCCAUCACACAGCCCGGUAUAACCUUUGUGGCUGCCAAGUUCGAUGGAAUUCUAGGAAUGGGUUACGAUACCAUCUCUGUUGACCAUGUGGCCCCAGUCUUCAACAACAUGGUCCAGCAGGGACUUGUCGACAGCCCAGUCUUCUCAUUCUACCUUGACAGACAAAGGACCGUUGUAACAUAUGUACACUUCACUGGUCAUUUGUCUGAUGAAGUUUUCUUUCUUCCAAACACAAUACCUCCUUUGAAUAGUUUACAUAUUGUUCCCCAGCUCUCCAGUAAGCAGGAAGUUCCCUAUUCACAAAGAGUAAGAAUUGUUGCAUUCAUUUGUUGUUGUCUCCCCAGUAUUCAGGUAGGCGGAAAGGCAUCACCAUAUUGUAAUGGAGGCUGCAGUGCCAUCGCUGACACAGGAACCUCCCUUUUGGCAGGCCCCUCAUCAGAGAUCACGAAACUCAACACUCAAAUUGGCGCCACCCCAUUUGUUGGAGGAGAGUACACCAUCGACUGCGACAAGAUAUCAAGUCUUCCACCAAUCUCCUUCAUGAUCGACAACCAGCAGUUCACCCUGCAGGGCUCCGACUACAUCCUCAAGGUAUCAGCGGAGGGUUACAACAUUUGUCUCAGUGGGUUUAUAGGGCUGGAUGUCCCAGCUCCUAUGGGACCUCUGUGGAUUCUGGGGGACAUCUUCCUUGGCAGGUUCUACUCCGAGUUUGACUUGGUCAACAAUAGAGUUGGAUUUGCGAAGACCAUAAACAGCAGUAGAUCAGAAGGUUUUGAUUUCAGAGAUCCCGAUUACCGUUGGAGGGAAAAGAAUGUCCACAACUGGAACAUACCUAGAUACUAAGAUUGCACAUCCCUCCUUAUUCCCUACUGUAGCCAACAUGGGUUUGCCUAUAAACUAAAGACAUGGUACAAUAUGUCUCCUGUAAAAUUUGAAAAAUGAUCCUCACAUGUCUCUUGUAAAAUUUUAAAACUGGUCCUCACUGUGUAAACGAAAUGCUUUUUAAUGUUUGGUUUUGUUUAUAUAUCUUCCAAAACAAAUGAUAGAAGUUACCACCUGUCCAGUGUAGGAUGUUCAGAUUUUCUACGCUGUGUUGAUAGAACCAGUGGUGCUGUAAACUCGUCGCUGGCUUCAGUUAAUGUUUGGCAACCCCCUCAACGUCUAAAUUCAAAGCACUUGCAAAGUGUAGGGGUCUCUGUCAACAUAAUGCUGGUCUCAUAGCUGUGAGAUUUCUGUGGUAAUCUGACUACCAGCUAGCCCCCACAAAGUUUAGGGGUUUGGAAAUUGUACAAAACAAGUCACAAUUUUGUGAUGAUAAUGAACAUUUAUUCAUGAAACAAAAUUUACUCUCCUCUUAUCUGUCUUAACUACUUACGUGACUUAGAUACUGUUUGUACAUUUUGUACUUUGAUAUAUUGACAUAGAAUCUGUGUACUAGUGACAUAUUUACACACUUAAUCGGUGAGACAGAGAUAGGACGUCUGUAUGAAUUUAACCUUGGACUCUUAAAGGUCAGUGUUAUCCAUGUCUAACUGGAUGUGAAAAGAUAUAGGCAAAUUUUUGUGAGUUUAUACACAUCAUAAUUAUCUAGAUCUGAAACACCAUUUUAUUUAUCACUGUAAGUGCUUUACAUUAGAGGAUCUGAUUGUUUAACAAGGAUAACAUAAUAGCCUAGAGAUGGCUUCACAUUAGAUAAUCUGACUGUUUAACAAGGAUAACAUAAUUGCCUAGAGAUGGCUUCACAUUAGAUAAUCUGAUUGUUUAACAAGGAUAACAUAAUAGCCUAGAGAUGCUUCACAUUAGAUAAUCUGACUGUUUAACAAGGAUAACAUAAUAGCCUAGAGAUGGCUUCAUAUUAGAUAAUCUGAUUGUUUAACAAGGAUAACAUAAUAGCCUAGAGAUGGCUUCGUUUGAUCUCUAUACAGAGAUAUCAAGAUCACAAUACUAUUGAAAUACUGAUGUGAUAAAUGUUCCUGUAUUUGAUAUAAAUUGGUAUAUACUUUCUGAACAGUGCUAGGCUGUAGGAGUACAGAAGUGUGGAUCUGAUUGUUGUAGUGUACUUUCUAUAUUACGUACAUUUAUGGAAGUUUGUUUGAAUGUAUCUAUGUUAUAUAGUAAGUUGAUAUAAUUACUGGUCGUGCUAGUUAUGUCUUUCUCAUUAUCUGUCACAUUAAAAGUCAGGUAUUGCUACUGCUAGAAGUGUAUUUCAACCUGAACGUGGACACACUCCAAGGUACAUUUGUUUGUGGACAUGGCUGAUAACAGAUAUCUGUCAUUUAUCAUCCAUUUAGAUUGGAACAGGAUCAAGGUGAAUGUCAUGGACAGUGAAGGUGAUGUCAAGGCAAUAUAUGUAGUCAGUCAAGGUGUUAGGUUUAUACUUGUAGUUCUACAGAUGUAGAUAAGAUACCGCAGGGUUUAGAUAACCCUGACAUGUACAAUCAAGUACAUUGAUACAUACUAGAGAAGAUUAGGAUAAACUUUAAUCUCUGCAUAAAUCAAGGGACACAUUUACAGGAUAAGCUUUAUUUAUACAAUCAUCAGUUUCAGCAUUUUAAUAGUUCAUGUUUUGAUCAACAAGUAAACGUGCACUAAUUAUGUUUAAGCUGACAGUGUUUUGGUUAUAUGGUGCCUGGUUUUACAUUUCUCUCCAAUUUGUGUUUAUUUUCCUGCUUGCUGUGUGUAUCCUGUGUAUCCUGUGUGUAUCCUGUGUAUACUGCACUACUGCACGAGUUUUGUGUUUCUUCCAGGUGUAGAUGGCAGUACUAAUACUAAUCUUGUAUACCUUUCUUUCCUCUUUUGGUGUAGGUUCUCUGUAAAGAAUCACGUUUUGCCGUUUUAAUUAAUGAAGAAUGCUUUGUCAUAAUUUGAUUUUAAGUGGAGUAUGAUAUGUUUCUCAAAGUUUCCUUAAGAAUUCUCCACGAAAAAAGAACCAGACGAAAAACACUGCCCCUUUUUUCUGAUUCUACAAGCCAGUGCAUGCUACAAUAUUUGGUGUAUAGAUUUAGUUUUGUCUAACUCUGCUGUUCCUGUUUUGCUCUGCUUGGUUAGGUGACCCAGCAAGGACAAACAAUCUGCCUCAGUGGGUUUAUUGGUCUGGAUGUGCCUGCCCCUCUCGGACCAUUAUGGAUCCUUGGAGACGUUUUCCUUGGAAAAUUUUACAGUGAAUUCGAUCUUGGAAACAACAAAGUUGGAUUUGCUCAAACCAAGAACUAAACAUUUUCUAAAGCUGUACUGCAUAUAACAAACUAACAUUCCUGCAUGUUUCCUAUUUUCUGCUGCAUUUCUGCGUUUAAUCGGUUAACUGACACACAUUCCUGCAUACUUGUUGAAUGUGUUUUCCUCGUAGCAUGACUUUUUGACGCAUUUCAUGGUUAUCAAAUAACACUCCGACACCACUUGUAAAAGUAGCUAUAUAAUGUAUAGUGUGGUUCCAAACACCUAAACUCACUCUAAUGUCUGAAUGAGUAUUGUGUUGUGUGUGUGUGUAUUGUUCGUGUUUAUAUCGUUAUACUUUAUUUAAUAAAUCAUUUCUUGUUGUGACGGUGUAUAUUAAAUCAUUUGAAGAGAUUAGCAAACAUUUUGAACUCUUUGAGAAUGAUGCAAAUCUUUUAAGUUAAAGAACGUUUUUAUCAUUAAAACAAAGUUACAUGUGAUAGGAUGUUAAUGUUAUUUUCUCUCUAGAUAUACUAUGACAAUGUGUAUAGAAUAGUUAAAAGAAUCAAUUCUUGCAACAAUGAGAUGCCAUAUUGUGAUAUUAUCAGUGUUUUGUCCAUGUCUAUUUUGUACUAUGACAAAUUUUGAAAUCUGCUGCAGUUUACAAUUUUUGUUUCUGGAAAUAAAACUUGUUACUGUAAA